UUGACAAUGCUUAGUAAUGGAACAUAUAUCUUCUGGAAUUCAGUAAUUCAUCCAUGUCGACAGAUAAAGAGUUCGACUUAGUGAUGGAUACGAAGGAGAGGUACAGAUUUCAAUCAACAAAACUUGGAUGCCUAUUUGCAGCGAUAAUUGGGCAAUCCAAGAUGCGGAGGUUGCAUGCAGGACGAUGGGGUAUGGGAAUAGUUUGGGAGCAGAGAGCAUUGCCCUAGCAGAUGGGGAAGCCACCACCUUGUCAUAUGGUAACGUCAACUGCACGGGAGGGGAGUCCAAGCUGUUCAGAUGCCAGAUCAAUGCAACUAUAAAUGAUGAUGGCACGGGUGCUUAUUCUUGUGCAAGUGGCAAGGCGAGUACAUCAUGUUCCCUGCCGGUGAUUCUUACCAACGGGACCACACCUUUCGAUGGUAUUGUAGAGGUAGUUGUCGACGGGACUUCCCGGCCACUCUGCGAUGACAACUGGACGCUGGAGGAUGCCACCGUUGUCUGCAGAACCCUUGGUUAUGGGGUGGUCAUUGAAAGAUUUGUGCCUCAGCCCAGAGAUCUGAGCUUCAGGGGUUUGCCACAGUGUACGGGAGAUGAGAGGACACUAAGUAAGUGCGGUUUUGGGGUUAUGGACCAGAUGGCAUGUGAUGGUGAUCUUGGUGUAGUCAGCGUGAAGUGCAGCCCACCAGAUCUCUCCAAGACCGCUCGUCUAGUUAACGGCAAUCACAUCUUUGAAGGACGAGUUGAAAUCCAGCACGAAGGCCAAUGGGGGACAGUGUGUGAUGACAGCUGGGAUUUAGAAGAUGCUCAGGUAAUUUGUAGCCAGCUAGGGCUUGGACAGGCUGCAGCUGCUGCAAGAAAUGCUGUCUUUGGGCCAGGUUUUCUCCCAAUCUUCUUGGAUGACAUGCAGUGUAAUGGCACUGAAGCUUCCCUGUUGGAAUGUGAAAGCAUGGGUAUCCAUUCCCAUAACUGUCAUCACAACGAGGAUGCAGGUGUCGUUUGCCGACCACCAAUUCGCUUGGUGGAUGGGCGCUCACCUUCAGAGGGAAGACUUGAGAUUAGCGUCAAUGGACAAUGGGGUGCUGUGUGCUUCCAAGACUUCAGCAUUGCAAACGGACAUGUUGCGUGUCGUCAGCUCGGCCUUGGUCCCGCAUUCAGUGUCUCUUCCGCAUCCCGUUACAGGAACGUUACCAUCAAUGAAAUGAUCUUUCUUUCGGGUGUCCAGUGUUUGUCUGAUGAAGCCUUCCUUGGUCAGUGCCAGACCUCACCUCUGACAGAAGAUGGAUGUCCAGAGCAAGCAGCAGUUAAAUGCUCAUUACCUUUGCGACUUGUAAAUGGAACCAGCGCAUAUGGAGGAUUCGUACAGAUUCAGAACAAUGGUGUAUGGGGUGGUAUCUGCGAUUCUGACUGGACCAUUGACGAUGCCAACGUUGUCUGCAGGCAACUUGGAAUGGCUGAUGCAAUGGCUGCCAAUGCAACUUUCGCUGAUAGUACAGAGGACAUUGCUGUCACCACUGCCAGGGAAUAUGCAUGCGAGGGAAGCGAGUCCACAUUGUCAGUUUGCAAUGGAAGACCUGGGAAUUGUAGGCAGCCGGUCAGUGUUACCUGUGCUCCAACUGUCCGAUUAGUUAAUGGUAGUGAUCCAUAUGAAGGUAGAGUGGAGGUCUUGGUGAAUGGAACUUGGGGAACUAUCUGUGAUGAUCUUUGGGACCUUACUGAUGCUCAGGUGGUGUGCAGACAACUUGGCUACGGCUAUGCCAGGCAGUCCUAUGGUCGCUCAAGGUUUGGUCCCGGAACAGGUCCAAUUGUCUAUGAUGAUGUCCAGUGCACAGGAUCCGAGACCCUCCUGUCCCAGUGCUCUAAUGGCGGAAGCGGCAGUAGCAACUGUGACCAUAGUGAAGAUGCUGGGGUAUCGUGUGCUUUAACGUCAGAAUCUGAUGAGAGUGUACGGCUGGUGAAUGGUGGUACCGAGUACGAAGGUCGAGUAGAGAUCUUCUGGCAAGGUAGCUGGGGAACUAUCUGUGACGACAGCUGGGACUUGUCAGAUGCUCAUGUUGUCUGCCGCGAGCUCGGAUUCAGCGGUGCCCUUGAAGCCAAGGUACGGGCCGCCUAUGGCCCUGGUUCCGGUCCAAUCAUCUUAGACAAUGUCCAAUGUGGAGGGCCUGAGUUGACUGUCUUUAACUGUCAGCAUGGAGGGUUUGGCGUUCAUAACUGUGGACACCCUGAGGAUGCUGGCGUUUCCUGUAUCCCACCAGCAAAUACCACCACCCCUCAACCAACGGUAUCGCCAACUGCAAAUGCAAGCCUUGAUGUUCGGCUGGUAGGUGGGCAGGUUCCCUAUGAGGGUAGAGUUGAACUCUUCCAUGACGGAGAAUGGGGUACUGUUUGCGAUGAUCUCUGGGACACCUACGAGGGGAAUAUCGUCUGCCGGCAGUUGGGGUUCGGCCCUGCGAUCCGUGCGCCCCAGGGAGCCAACUUUGGGGCUGGUUCUGGACCCAUCCUUCUGGACAACCUAUCAUGUAAUGGCUCUGAAGCAUCCCUUUGGCAGUGUGCACACCCUGGGGUUCGAAUCCACAACUGUGGCCAUUCAGAAGAUGCCAGUGUCGUCUGUACUGAUCCAGUGAUGCCUACUUCUGCCCCAGAGAAUGCUACAGAAGGAGCGAUUCGAUUGGUCCAAGGGGAAGCCAUAUAUGAGGGAAGAGUGGAGAUUUUCUUUGAUGGUUCUUGGGGGACAGUUUGUGAUGAUCUGUGGGAUAUUAAAGAUGCCCAGGUUGUGUGUCGGCAGCUUGGCUUCGGCACUGCCAUAGAGGCUGUCACCAUGGCCAGGUUUGGGCGUGGUAUUGGCCCAAUCAUGCUUGACAACGUAGCUUGUCAAGGAGAUGAAGAGAUGCUGAUGGUUUGCUCACAUAGCGGGGUGACCGUCCACAACUGUGGCCAUUCUGAGGAUGCUGGAGUGAGGUGUUCCUUCAAUGACACAACAACUGGAGAAUUACCGGAAGAAGGCGAUCUUCGUCUGGUCAACGGAGAGAACAUGUAUGAAGGGCGCGUUGAGGUCUUUUUCAACAGCCUCUGGGGUACUGUUUGUGAUGAUGCAUGGGACAUGCGUGAUGCCAGCGUGGUCUGCAACCAGCUAGGGUUUGGGCCAGCCAUUGCCGCGUAUACUUUGGCUCACUUUGGCGCAGGUACUGGAAGCAUUCACUUUGACAAUUUAGGCUGCACAGGGAAUGAGGAACGACUAUAUAUGUGCGACCGUGCAUCCCAGCAGAAUUGCAAUCAUGGGGAAGAUGCAGGUGUAAGAUGCGGAGAACCAACAGCUACCAACGUAACAGAGCCAGGAACUGUGCGUCUUGUCGGUGGAUCAGGCCCACACGAAGGCCGUGUGGAGGUAUUCAUGGAUGAAUGGGGUACAGUCUGUGAUGAUCUGUGGGACUUGAGGGAUGCCAAUGUGAUCUGCCGUAUGCUAGGCUUCUUCAAUGCCACCGAGGCCCUCACAUCCUCCUACCGGUUUGGCUCCGGGGUGGGUCAGAUUCUGCUGGAUAACGUUAAUUGUGAAGGGUCGGAAACCAACAUCGUUGAUUGUCCAGCUAAUCCACCAAGAACUCAUAAUUGCCAGCAUUCUGAAGAUGCAGCAGUAGUCUGUUAUACAGCAGGUCUGGGUACCAAUGGCUCUGUGACCUUCAUCACCGAGUCUGCCAGCAGAGGAUCCGGCCUUGUCAACAUCUCUGUCAAUGACCAGGGGAGGUAUAUCUGCGCUAACGAAUGGUCUAUCGAAGAUGGUAAUGUGGUUUGCCGUCAGAUGGGUCUCGGUUAUGCAACCCGCGUCUACACGGCUGCGAUCUUUGCUCCAUGGUUUAAUGGCGUUGGUGGUCUACAAUGCAACGGAAGUGAGCUGAACCUGUUGGAGUGCAGAGGGGCCACGUUGGGUACCUGCCAGACUUUAGAUGCUGGUGGAGUGGAAUGUUCUACCAAUGAAGCAAAUGUUGGAGUCAGACUAGUCGGUGGAACGGAAACCAACAAAUUGGAAGGGCGGGUAGAAGUUCUCUUUAACAACACAUGGAUGUCAGUCUGUGGAAGCAACUGGACUGGGAGCGAAUCGGCAGUGGUCUGCCAUCAGCUUGGCUUUGGUCCACCCGCCCUCAGAGCUCCCGGUUUCAUCAUUCCAGGGUCCCGUCUAAGUGCGGGUCCAGCUCCAAUGCUGGUGACUGGUGUAAACUGCAACGAUACCAGCUUCAACCUGUUACAGUGCAACUACCAGGUUCACCAGACACCUGUUGAAGGUUGUCUACCUGCUGAAGUAGUUUGCCAACCCAGAGAUACAAAUGUUCCGACGGUGAUCCGUUUAGUCGGGGGCGCCAAUGCUCUGGAGGGACGUGUAGAGGUUUACCUGAAUGGCUCCUGGGGCACCGUCUGUGACGAUAACUGGGGCCUGCAGAGUGCUAGGGUUGCCUGCCGUCAGCUGGGCUUUCCGGACAUGUUGGAAGCUUUUGGGUCGUCCCGCUUUGGUCCUGGGACUGGACCCAUCCACAUUGAUGACAUUGCUUGCACAGGCACGGAACAGUCACUGUUUGACUGCAGGUACAGCAGGACCCAUAACUGCGCUCAUGCUGAGGAUGCAGGUGUGGUGUGCAAUCAGGAGGAAGUUGCGUCCUUGAUACGGCUUGUAGGAGGAUCAAAUGAUUACGAGGGACGUGUGGAGGUCAUCUACAACGGCGUCUGGGGAACCAUCUGUGAUGAUUCCUGGGACAUUAACGAUGCCACCGUUGCCUGUAAUCAGCUAGGGUUUGGUGCCGCAUUGCAAGCAGUCCAGUCAGCAGGCUUUGGCAGGGGUACCGGCCUAAUCCACUUGGAUAGUGUAUCGUGUACCGGCUUAGAGCUGACCAUCCAGUCUUGCUCUCAUAACGGUGUCGGUAUUCACAACUGCAACCAUGGGGAAGAUGCCGGCAUCAGAUGUAGUGUCCCAGUCACUGCACCACCCCAAGUCAAUGUUCGGCUGGUUGAUGGAGACAGCCCCCUCAACGGUCGUGUAGAAGUGUUAUGGGACGGAGAAUGGGGUACUGUAUGCGAUGAUGAUUGGGGAAUACAAGAUGCUCAAGUGGUAUGCAGGGAGCUUGGUUACACAGAUGCUGCACAAGCUGCAAGGGGUAGUGUAUACCCUCAGGGGACUGGCCCUAUCAUCCUUGAUAAUGUCCGCUGCACGGGAACAGAGUCCUCGUUGCUCCGCUGCCCGAACAACGGCAUCAAGGUUCACAAUUGUGGACAUUCUGAAGAUGCGGGAGUGGUAUGUGUGGAUGAUGGCCCUUUGGAAGGUACCUGGGUACGUAUCGUGGACGGGAGCAGUGAGAGCGAGGGUCGGGUUGAGGUCUACACCAAUGAGGUCUGGGGGACAGUCUGCGAUGACUCGUGGGACCUGAACGACGCAAACGUGGUUUGCAGGGCUCUGGGAUUCACCUCGGCCUUGGAAGCCGUUGGUGGAAGUCGCUUUGGGUCCGCUGCCAGCAACGUACCUAUCUACCUGGAUAACGUGGGUUGCAUUGGAUCAGAAGAGACUCUCUUUGAUUGCAACCAUGGAGGGCUGAGCGUUCAUAAUUGUGGUCACAUAGAGGAUGCUGGAGUUGUAUGUGGAUACAGCGUGAAUACAAUGGCAAACAUUCGGUUAGUUGGAACAGAGAGUCCUUUUAAAGGUCGAGUAGAGAUUCAUCACAACAAUCAAUGGGGUACAGUGUGCGAUGAUGGAUGGGACAUAAACGAUGCAAGGGUUGUCUGCCGGCAGCUAGGCUAUAGCAACGCUGUCGACUUUGUCUCGUCGGGUCAGUUUGGACGGGGCACUGGCAGCAUUCUGCUUGAUGAUGUGGCUUGUAACGGGGAUGAAGAAACCCUCCUUGCAUGCAGCAAUCGCGGCGUAGGAAGCCACAAUUGUGGGCAUUCCGAGGAUGCCGGUGUCAUCUGCAUGCCAGAAGUACGCCUGGUCAACGGGUCUCGCGAGCAGGAAGGCCGUGUUGAGAUCAUGAUCGGAGGCCAGUGGGGCACCGUCUGUGCAGAGGGCUGGGACAUACAAGAUGCCCACACCAUCUGCAGUCACCUCGGCUUCGGCAUGGCUGACAACCGCUCUGCUGCCCUCGGAGGGGCCUAUUUCGGCCCGGGGGUCGGUCCCGUCCACCUGACAGGAGUGGACUGUGGGAUGCACAAUACAUACCUCUUUGAGUGUGCUGCCCUCUUGACCAUGGGUAAUGAUCCGUCAUGUGACCAUUCUAGGGAUGUCAGUGUCAUCUGUACCCAGAGAUCUGCUCCAGAGCAACAUGUGCGCAUCGUUAGUGGUCCUACCCCAUUCAGGGGUCGUGUUGAGGUAUUCAUGGAUGACCAAUGGGGUACCAUCUGUGAUGACUUGUGGGAUACCAACGAUGCUUCCGUUUUCUGUCGCCAGCUCGGCUACACUGGGGCGACGGACGCACCCCGCUACGCCCAGUUUGGGCGGGGUUUUGGUCCCAUUCACCUUGACGAUGUGCAGUGUACUGGUAAUGAGACAGAUAUCUUGGAUUGUCCGAGGUCCACUUCCCCAUCUAGCUGCACCCAUCGGGAGGAUGCUGGAGCCAGCUGCACUCCAGAAGUGAGGCUGGUUGGUGGCAAUAACAUCUACAAAGGUCGUGUUGAGAUCCUGAUCAGCAAUGAAUGGAAGGGCUUCUGCGGGGAUGGCUGGUCCCUGAACAAUGCCCGGGUGGUCUGUAGCCAGCUGAACCUAGGUCUGGUUGCCCAGGCACCGACUGGUUACAUGUAUGGAGAGCCUGAGGGAGUGUACUACCAUCGGCCAACAUGCGGAGGCUAUGAGAGAUCCCUUGGGGUGUGCUUCAUGGAAGCCAUUGAUAACUGCACUGGAGGCUACGCUGGGGCAGUCUGUUCCUUGCCAGAGGUGGACACAGAGAUCAGGCUGAUGGGCGGAGCUAGCCCCUAUGAGGGUCGUGUGGAGCUCGGCGUCGGUGGCAUCUGGGGUACAGUCUGCUCCAAUAAUUGGGACAAGACCGAUGCAAACGUGAUCUGUCGCCAACUUGGCUACGCCACGGCAACAUCCGCCAUCCAAGGGUCAUCUCGCUUUGGGAUGGGCACGGGACCAAUCUACCUAGACAAUGUGGGAUGUACUGGUUUGGAGGCUAACAUAGCCCUUUGUCGUAGCAGUGGGGUGGAAGUCCAUAACUGCAGCCAUAAGAAUGAUGCUGGCAUCAUCUGCACCCCUCCAAUUCGUCUGGUUGGAGGCAGCAGCCCGUUUAACGGUCGCGUUGAAGUGUACAAAGGUGCUUGGGGUACGGUUUGUGAUGAUAACUGGGACAUACAGGAUGCCAAGGUGGUCUGUCGGAUGCUGGGUUUCGGCGCAGCACGUAGGAUCAUAGACACGUCAGGAAUGCGUCAGACGUACAGCACCAUCUACCUUGAUGAAGUCGGCUGCAUAGGAAACGAGACCUCUCUGUUUGACUGCCCUCACAGCCCGACGCAUGACUGCACACAUGCCGAGGACGCAGGAGUAGAGUGCUGGCAAGCAGACUUGAAAUGUGAUCUUCCCCCGAUAUCUCGCUGGUCAUACAUCAGUUUGACCAAGGUGAACUAUGCCCAGGGUGAGGGUCUUGAUGUCAGUUGCAUCGACGGCUCAGCAUCCGUCACCCUUGUCUGCGGGGAUGGAGGGACCUGGAGCGGGCCACCCAUUACCUGUCUACCUCCUGAAGUAAUAGACAGACAGACAUGUCGCUUGCCCCUCCCACCAUCCGGCAGUGCUUUUAACACAGUAAAGACCAUCUUUACACCUGAGGAAACACUCAUGGUGUACUGUGAUGAUAGCAGACCCAUAGCAGACACCGUUGUCAUCUGGAAAUGCACGGAUGAGGGCACGUGGUUUAAGAGGGACAUCGACUGUGCUCGGACAGGUCAAAGAGAAUCCAAACCUAAAAAUUUCAACAUUAUCCUGCUCAUCUGUAUCUUACUAGCAAUCUUUAUAAUCGUCAUCAUAAUAGUGGCUGUCAUUUUGAUUCGAAGAUACAAACGGCAGCGAUUCCUAGCCUUGCAGCCGCAGGGAAUCGACAUGGAGAACGUCAACAGCAAAUUCUCCAAUGUUAAUUAUGCUAACCCCAGCUAUGAUCCUUCAUCGGGGUCCCCGGAGGACCCUCCCCUUCAAGGCAGCUCAGAGUCCAGCGGGCUUUCACCUCCAGAGCCGCAGUCUUUCAGCGACGUUAAACCCCUUAUUACAUAGUAAUUUUGGCAUCUACUUUAUCCAUAAUGGAUUAUUUUUUUGUCAGCACUACUUCAUCCAUUUUUGGUCUGUUUUCUGAAAUCCACCUUAACUUGGGCCAAUGUCUAACAAUUUCAUGGAAAGCUGAAGUUGUCUACAAUUUGUUCUGAUUGUAUGUUUCCUAUGUUUACUAUGUUCUUUUCAUGUGCUUUAAUGGAGAAAAAUUGAUUUUAUUAUUCCCAGACAAUUGUCAAUGAAUUGAGCGCCAAAUGCCCUAACAACUAGUGUUGGAGAUUUGUUUCACGGUUGGCUGUCCAUACUUAAACCACAGCUUUAAACCAGAGUUUAAAUGAAACUGGAGUUUAGAAUGCAGGCCUAUGAGUUGAAAUACUCAGCGAUAAGGCUGUCACCUAUGGCUGACAGCUGCUUGCUAUGAAGUGCCAGGAGGCGAGGGGGUGUUCAUAAGUUUCUUUGUUUAUUUUUUGCUAUGUCUUUUAUAGGGAACAAUGUACUAAAAGCAAAAAGGAUUUCUCAGUCAUAUCUAAUCACAUUUGAUGAGGCAGGUAUACAUGUAAAAGUGCCUCAGUUUAAUCUGUAGCCAUAGCAGGAAGUGUAAUAAAUUAUUACAAUCAUGGAUUCAUUUGUCAUGAAAUGUGCAUUGACCAAUGAGGUAAGGAUAUGCAUAAUAUCAACACACCUUAAUUAACAUCCCAAUUUGCAAUUUUCUCAAAGCAGAGGUUUAUUUUUUGCCACAGUCUUAUCAAGGCUAUUUGAAAAAAAUAUAUAUUUUUGGACAUCUCUGUUAAGCACUUCAUAAAUCCAGUCAUUUGUAAAGUUAUGCCUAACAUAGAGAACAGCUUUAUGAAACAAACCCCAAGAGAUCCCAUUGAACUGUAGGCUUUAAUAUGCUUUGAUAUGAAACAAUGUAGUUGAUGGAUUAGAUUUUAUAUUAUUUUUUUAUAUACAUAUAGCUCUUAUUAAUAUUUCUAAGCAAUUUGUAGAUAGAUGGAUGUUAUUUUCAAAGUACAUGUAGAUUCAAAUUUUAUUGUACCUAAAUGAAUAAUGAAUUGAGAGGAACGUGGAAUAUUUCAAAACUGUCUGACUUGAUAUUGACAAUAUUAUUGUAUUGAUGGUGAAAAACACUUCAUAAUAACCUUUCUUUUAAGAGUGCACCAUGAUUUGAGAAAGGGAUUUAUAGAUAUGUAUAUAUUAGGAUUAUCUGCCAAGAGUCUCUUACAGAAAUAUUUCUGCCACUCAGACCUGUCAACGUAAAGAUGUUCGUGUCUUUCAUUGAAAAUUAUGACGAGAAGAGUGUAGAACAGGAAGUAUCAUUGAUUGGUUUUUCUGGAAGAGGUGGGUGGGGGGGGGGUGUCAUUUCAUUAUAAAAUUGUUCAAUAAAUAUGAAUGAAGAUGAUAGUAAUGCAAUGGCAGACAGUUUUUUUUUCCACCCUGGGAUUGCUCAAGGUGCUAAUUUUGUACUCUAGCUCGUACUCUCCGAGUUCCUUGUGAACAAGUAAAAUGAUUCAAGGUAUCAAUAUGUAUACCAGGUACCUAUUUAUGGAUCAAUAAGGUUUUUUUUGGGGGGGGGGUUCUAGUAGGUUAUUUUUAAGUGUGGUCUUAUUACAAUUCUCGAUGUUUGUUUGGAUUGGUACACUUUGUUUAUUGGUGUGAAAAUGAAGAAUAAUUCCAUGAAAUUAUCAAUCUUUGUGCAAGUCAAACCCCCAUUUUUUUAAGUUUCUUUUCAUGACCAAUCUGAGCCAGGAUAAUUUUAGAAGAUUUUUCCUAUUUCAGAUGAACCAGAAUUAAGAGACAAAUGAUGGUGAAUUAUUUCCAGAGUCAGAAGUACAUACUAUUUUACUGAAAUACCCAAUUGUUAAGGGUAAUUAUUGCUGAAAAGUAUGAAGAUUAUGAGUAUUAACUUGUGGCUAGGAAACGGACAUUCCUCAUUCUACAUUCCAUUAUAGAAUCCAAGUACAUGUAGUAGUCAGUUGGGUGACAGUACCUUUGAAUUUGAUUACAAGAUGUAACAGAAGAAUACAUUAUUAUGUGGUCUUCCAGUUUGAGAAGUGGUGACUGAAAAAUAAAUUUACUCUUGACUUUCCUA